AUGCAUAAGUUAUCGCCAUUGGGCUCUGCACCUUCGAACAGUAACACAGAAUUGCAUAAAGGCGAGCUUCCAUUGCAAAUUCCUAGAAAUUUAAGUUCCAUUGAGUCGUUGAGUCCAAAUGCAGCGUAUUUGAGGGAUCAAGUCAGAAAUCUGCUGAUGGGUAAGGACGCAGGCAUUGAUGCGCUACUAGGAUUAGAGACAUUAAUAUCUUAUGCCAACGAAAUAUUUCCCUUUAUAAACUCAGACGUAAAUCUAGAGACGGAAUGGCUCAGUGUUAUGAUCGAUAUUGCUUUUUUCUACGGUGAUCUGGCCCUGAUGCUGAUGCAGAAAGCUUUCAAUAAGACAGAGAGCGGGAGUAUAUGGUCAUCAAGUGGGGAAUACUUGAAGAAGGGACUCGGUAUUCUUCAAUUUUGUGAGAGUAAUGUUUCAGAGAAACCGGAUCAUCGAUUGCUCAAUUUGAUAAUCGAGAUGAGUUUUGAAUUCCAAAUAUUGCAGCAACUGGGAGUAAUAAUGCUUUCUCUUUGUAAGUUAAGGAAUUCUUUGUCCAAUGAGCAAAGUACAGAACUAGAUUUACAAACCAACGAUUUGAAGGAAUCGACGUCUGCAAGUCUAUUUUAUUCUAAACUAUGCAUUGGGUGUCAUGAUACUGCGUCGCAGAUAAAGCAAAUACACAUGCUAGCCCAAAAGCGAGAAGUAAUGUCGUUUUUAGAGGGAACUGCAUAUUUAUUACUGUCUCUAGAUCAAUUUCGUAAGGACGAAAUCGGCACUGCAACUGGCCUGCUACAUCAAAGCGUCAACUGCUACUCGCAUUUUGUUCCAAGGACUAAAUUUACGUCAACAGUGCUCUCUACACCAAAAGCGCCAAUGGCGACCAAAGAGAAGAUGCGGAAUAAGAUGCACAAUACUUUUUUGAAGACCAAACAAAAAGCUAACUUACUGCCGUUUAAAGCGCGUGCCGACAACAACAAAGUAAGUGAAAUUAUCAAUGAUGUCAUGGACACUUUCCUAAUACCUUUAGUGAUACUACUGGAUUACGUCUUUCAGCAGACCAAUAGCAAAUUGUUUUUUCAACCGGUUGAAAAAGAUUCGGCUGUCCUAAAAUCAUUGCUUCCAGGUGGCGUGAAACCGGAUUUGAAAGGAAUCGAAUGGGUAUUUUGGGAGGGAAGACUACAAGAAAUGGGACCUGUUUCGAAUGGGGCUGAACAAUUGCUGUACUGA